AAAGCUCGUGAAUACGUUGAUUCGUUGGCCAAACCCAUGGGGUCGCUCGGAACAUUGGAAGACUGGGCCGCUCGGAUUGCCGCUUUGCAGCGUACCCUGGUACCCAGUGUAGCCAACGUUACAUGUCUGAUUUUCGCCGCUGAUCACGGUAUGGCCGCUGACGCCGAACAAGGAGGGGAAGGCUGUUCCUCCUAUCCACAAACAGUCACUCGAAGUAUUUUAGAUGGUUUAAAGCGAGGCGUUGCUGGGGCUUCCGUCCUAGCCCGUGCAAAUAAGGUGCACCUAAAGGUCAUUGAUUUAGGGGUACUUGAUGCAAAACCGUUACCUGAAAACAAUCAUUCCAUUGAUGGAGUUGCCGUCUCAAAGUAUAAACUACCGAACGGGACCAGAAACGCCUGCCAGUGCGCUGCCAUGACGCUGGAAGAAACGAAUGGCUGCAUGCAAGAGGGCAAGGACGCUGUGCGGAGCUGCCAUUUUCAAGGAUGUCAGCUGCUGGUUUUCGGGGAAGUUGGGAUCGGUAACACGACGACAUCAUCGCUGUUGCUGGCAGCCAUAAUGGGAGGUAGCUGUAGUGCGGCGAGUGUUUGCGACGGCGGAGCUACCCUGGGGCGAGCUGUCGACGAGGCGGCCGUCCAAAAAAAGAUCGACAUUGUAGAAAAGGCGCUUUCCUUUCACAGGGAGACACUGCGGACGGCGGACGUAAUGAGCAUACUGACGCUUGUCGGUGGGGCUGAGAUAGCCGCAUUGGUGGGAGCCAUGCAAGAAGCGUCCAGGCUAGACGUACCUUUCUUGGUGGACGGCUUUAUAGUGACGGUAGCUGCGUUAGUUGCUGUUUGUCUGAACCCGCAGUGUUGUCGUGGGAUGUUAUUUGCCAGCCGGUCGCCAGAGCGGGGACAAUGGAUAGCGUUACAGAAAAUUCGAGAAAUUGCCGUGGAGGGCAAUCUUCCGGUCCCUGCCGAACCGGCUCUUUCGAUGGGACUGCGCAUGGGGGAGGGAUCUGCUGCGCUCUUGGCAGUCCCAAUUGUGCAAAGUGCAACCGCAAUGCUGCGAGAAAUGGCAACGAUUCAAGAUAUUUUGGGCGGUGGGGAUUCGAGGUAA